AUUGAAUACUUUAAGGACUAUCUCGUAGGAAAUUCGUUCGUUUAGAAAUGGUGGCUUUAUAAAAUUUCAAAUUAUGUCAGGUUUGAUUUUCAAGCUCAGAUUUCGAUUGCGUGUGGUGAUCCCUAAUUUACAUCUAAUCUUGAUCAAAUCAUUUAUGUGAUUCAUACAUGAAGGAGGAUAAGUUAUUUUGCAUUUGUGGACUAAUCGUUGGGAUCAUAUUGCUAUUUUAUAUAUUGUCGCCGUAUAGUCCGACAUGUUUACUUAGAAGCUGUAUCCACAAACGGUAUGACCGUACAGGCUUUCUGUAUUCUGUUCAAACUACAAAAAGAAAUAAUUAUUUAAUGAGAUAUACGAGAGAUAAUUCUAGUAGUGUGUCUGUGCUCGUCUUCAUCCAUAUUCAGAAAACUGCCGGUACACUUUUAGAACGUCGUUUGGUUAAAGAUGGUCUGGUGGGCAAAACAUGUUACUGUUUUUUCAGAAGACGCUGUAGUUGUAAAACGCCAAAUGGUAAUACUUGGCUUGUCAGCAGGUAUUCUACAGGCUGGAUAUGUGGACUCCAUGCUGACUUGACUGAAUUAACGGAAUGUAUUGACAACAAACUGAACAAAGUUGACCACCAUAUUAUAAAAAGAAAGUACAUAUAUUUUACUUUAUUACGCGAUCCUAUCAAUCGUUUUAUUAGUGAAUGGCAACAUAUACGCCGCGGUGCUACAUGGCAUUCAGCUACUCUUCGAUGCAACAAACAAUAUCCACCACUUGAACACUAUAAACCAUGUUAUUUUAAUGAAGAAAUUGUCGAAAACAUCUCGUCUAAUGUAUCCAUUAAAUCUGUUAUUGAUUGUCCGUACAAUUUAGCAAGUAAUCGUCAAACAAGAAUGUUAGCAAAUCUUUCUAGUCUAGGAUGUUAUAAGCAUUUAACGAAAUGGUCUCAACCUCUCAAUGUCACAGUAUUAACUCAUAUUCCAUCAGAUUCAUUAGCACUUUUAAACAGUGCUAAACAUAAUCUUGUCAAUAUUAUUAAUUGUUAUGGCUUAAGUGAAUACUUAAUUUAUUCGCAAUAUAUAUUACAAAAAUGUUUACAUAUUACUUUUAAACGCACAUUUGUUGAAUUUAAUAAAAUAUCUUUUAUUAAACCAAGAUUAUUGUUUACACAUGCUACAAUAAUCCGUUCUAAUUUAAAUCAGUCUACUUUGCAUGAAAUACAAAAUGUAAAUAGGCUAGAUAUUUUUCUAUACGAUUUUGCCAAACAAUUAUUUGUGUAUCGAUUAGUAAAUUAUUUAUUAUUUGAUUCAAAUAUACCGCUGCAUUUCAGACGACCUUUACAUACUAUUUGGCACAGUAGACUUAGGUCUAAAUCAUACAUAUGUCUAAGUUAUUUACUAUUUUCCAAUCCUAUCAUCAACCACCAUGAUGCUAAUAUCAGUAGUAAUGCAUUUUCAUAUCGCUUCAAUUUAUUUCUUACUAAUUUGUUCAUUCGUAAAGGUAGCAUUCCAGUAUCUGAGUCUAUUUUAACCAGUGAAAAUAAGAAAUGGAGUGAUCGACUUUCUUACGAUUUUAAAAUAUAGUUUGUAAAUUAUUUACAUUCUGUGCAUCGGUCCCCUCCCUCUACGCUCACUUGUUGUAUUUCCACUCUCCCAACCAGUUUUCAAUUGUUAAAUAAUGUUUAUUUUACUAAAUAUUAUUUAAAGUAUUUCCUCACAAAUUAUUCUAAUGAGAAGAGUAAAAAAAGCGACAAACUAUGAAAAACAUCUGGGGGGGGGCAUUAGUAUAUCUAAUUUUUAUGCGUUAUUAUUAACAGUUCAUAUGUUUUCCAUUUCUUCAGUAUCCCAAGUUUUCAUUUUGUUCAGCAACUGUUGUCAUAUCUUCUUUUGUUCCCAAGUAAUUGUAAUCUGAUCAUGAGCUAAAUAUCCUAAUUUUGUACCCUGAAUGUCUUAUUUUAGUUAUUGUACGUUGUGGUUCAGUUGUUCAUAUCUCUAAACAUGUACGUUUAUGAGUUGAUGAUUCAUUUAGAUACAGAGGUUUGGACUACUAACUUCGUGCGGUAUUUUCUCAUCGGUUCUUGAAAGAAAGGAAGUGUAUGAGCAUCUGGUUAGUGUUAUAACAGAUUGUUUAGUCAAUUGGUUAAAAUGGUCAGUCUGCUACAUCAAAUCAUUUGUAGUCGGACUCACGCGUUGCUGUUACAGAAUUAUAUUAGGUAGCCUAAUGUAUCAACAGCAUUACUAGAUCAUCAGUUUUCUUGCAUCUCUAACAUCAGGACCAGUGGAUAUCAGAGGUCAUCACACGGAGAUUUUCAAGGUUGUGAUUAUUUUAAAUUAAUUUUGGGAUGUAUUUAGGAACCAAUAUUAUGCAUAUAAUUUUUAUCGUCUAAUUGCUAAAUAACUAAACUAUUCAUAUUCGUGUCCCCCUUAUUAUAAGCUUUAUUUUCAUCUAAAGACUAUUAUUAUACAUUAACCAUUCUUGAGUUAUCCCUAGUCUAAUAAUUACUGCCUCCCACAUUUGGCCAAAUCUUGUACAAAUGUUAUUUUAUUGGUACGAUGUGGUCAGUAUGUUUGAAAUAUAAUGAUUCAUACCGCAGAGGUUGUUCUGGACCCAACUGGCUGGGCUAAGCAGAAGCGGGACCGAUACGUACUGUAGACUGCUCGUACAGUUUUCAUGUGUGGCUGUUCCAGUCGAUAAUUCGCGGUCUUAUCACGAAAUACCUUAAGAAGACAUCCACUCAGCCACAAGUCAUAACAAUACCACAUUCACACGAUCUUUUCAACGACCUCCAAAUUUUUGCUGUUAACACUGACCUAAGAGUUAAUUCUCUGCCUUAUUAUCAACAGAACUACCAACAUGAAUUAAAGUUUACAGUUAGUAUAACGUGUGUUCAACCUAUGUAAACUAGAUACCAAGUUUGUGUUUUUCGAUUUGUGAAUAUUUAUUGAGAAUACAUGAGUUAUAAGGGUUAUUGACGAAGUGUUACGCAAUAGCAGUAAAGAGGAAAAAAAUUAAAAACCACAAAACAAUGGAAAACGCGAGAACACCAUAUUUUCGAAUCAGCAUACAGUCCUUAAAGUAUUCAAUAAGCAAUAUCCAAUAUAUUUGUUUCGAGCUAAUGUAAACUAAUUGAGUCUUCUGUACUUGCGGUACAGUUACAGGUCUUGAGUGGGGUUAAAGUAGGAUGCUUUAUCCAAUGAACUGUACUGGUUCUAGUGUGUUUGGUAAUUAUUUGUUGGUCAGUGCAUCUUGAAGUGUGAAAGCGUUUGGUGAUGGGGUAUAUAGCAUGUAUGAACAUGGUUAGUCACAUCGUGCAUCUUUCUGUCCAUCUCGUGUUUAGAUAAGACAUUUCAUACGGUUGUUAAUUUAACCCAUGAAGUUGCAUUAUAUGCUUGUUUUUAAUGUCAAAUAUCCGGCUGUGUUGCACUACAUUCCUGAAGCUAGCUUAUGCUAUAAUGAAUCAGUUGGUGAUAGACCGGAAAAGUUCAACAUAGAGGUUUGUAAGAAAGUCUCGUGUCUUCAAAGUUGUUUAAAAGCUUUCAAAAAGACAUUGGUACUUUUCCUAGCUCAGUUAAUUUUAUCGUUUUCAUUGUAACUUAUGCAUUUUCUUUUUCAUCGCCGGAGUAUAACAGAAGUUCCCCU